AUGGCGACAAACACGAUCGUGGCCUUUGACCUCUAUGGCACCCUACUGUCAACAGACUCCAUUGCCGAGCAGUUAGGGAAGCAUUUCGACGCGGCUAAAGCGAAGUCCAUCUCUACGCUCUGGAGACAGUACCAACUGGAAUAUACAUGGAGACUCAACAGUAUGGAGUGCUACGAGGACUUCUCGGUUGUCACUAGAAACUCACUCCACCAUGCCCUCGCAGAAAAAGGGGAGGAACUAAGAGAUGGUGAUAUCACCGCUCUGAUGGAAGCCUAUGACAACCUGUCAACAUUCCCUGAUGUGAACUCAGCCCUGAACCGAAUCGCAACAGAUCCCACCCUCCUAGCUGUGGUGUUCUCCAAUGGGUCCAGGACUAUGAUCUCCAACUCCGUGCUCUGCUCUAGGGACCUAGCCCCGCAAGCCAAAGUCUUCCAGGACUUCAUCACAGUUGACGAGGUCCGGCGGUAUAAGCCAUCCCGUACGAGUUAUCAGCAUCUCGCCGAGAAGGUCGGUAAGCAGCCAUCGCAGAUGAACGAGGUAUGGCUUAUCAGUGGUAACCCAUUCGACAUCGUUGGAGCACGUAGCAUGGGCAUGCACGCGAUCUGGGUUGAUCGUGCCAAUAGAGGAUGGCAGGAUGCUGCUAUGCCGAAUGUGCGGCCCACGGCUAUUGUAUGUAGCUUGGAGCAUAUCGUGGACGAGAUCAAUCGCCAGCGCAACUCAUCCCAUUGA